AUGUUUCCAAUAUUUAUUAUUUUUUUAUGUUUAAUUUUGGGAGUAAAUUCACAAUGUAAUCCAGGAUACAUUGUAGAUGGUAGAACAUGUAGAAUUCAAUAUUCCAAUUAUACUCAACUCCAAGUUUAUACUUGUGUUACAGCUCAAUUAGUAAAACCAGUAAUUUAUUUAGAGCCUACUACCAUUCUUAGUUGUUUAAAUGAAACUGGACCUGGAAUUUCAUCAAACAUCCUAUCACCUGUACCAACUAUAUUCUAUUCAAUUCUCUGCGUCAAUGGAUCAGGUAUUCCUUAUUUAAUGCUUAGUGACACUUCCAAAACGGCUAGCUGUAGGGAUAAUGAUAAAAACACAACAACCUCAACUAUAAAUAUGUAUGAACCUCUUUCUACCAAUUAUAUAUACACACAGAUAUCCGUUUGUAAGAAUAGUAUAAAUGGAAAAAGAACAAUGGCAAUAGAGCAAGUGUUAGGGCCAAACUCUGCAUCUAUGAUGUGUUUAUCAACAAAUUCACCUGGCCGUGUUGAAGCCUCGGAAUCAUUCAAAACUGAUAAAGAUUAUCAAGUUACUCAAUGUCCAAUAUGUUCAGUCAAUGGUACUUGCAGUAAAUACACUAGACAAUGUGAUUGUAAAUCUGGAUAUACAAAUGUUACAUGUGAUACAGAUAUUGAUGAAUGUGUAGUUAAUAAACCAUGUAGUCGUAUAGCAACUUGUGUGAAUCUACCGGGUAGUUAUGUUUGUCAGUGUCCACCUGGAUACACACCGAAUGGAUCGAAUGGUUGCAACGCUAUCAACUAUUGUAAUUAUGAAAACAAUACCUGUGCUACUGGGAGUGGAGUUGACUGCACCGAUAAUAGAAAUGGUACAUACUAUUGCCAAUGUUACAGAGGUUAUGUUCGUAUCAAUGAUACUGUAUGUGAGCCAGCAAUGACACUUUUCAGUGUGACACAAAUUGGAAAACAACGUAUAAACAUAACAUCGGAUAGGUUUGGUGGUGAUGCAAAUAGAGUAUUUGUCAUGUAUGAAUCUGGAUCAAGAGUUAGAUAUUGUACAAACAUAACUAUUACAGAACCAAAUGUAUCGUUGCAGUGCUCCACCGGCCCAUAUCAGGUUUCAGGUUUUUGGGAAGUUUGGUUAGACUAUGAUAAAGUAUCGAACGAACUCAGAUACCCGCUACCGUUUAUCACUAAAAUCGGUGCACCUCCUACUCAAGGUGGACUGGUGAUUGUGAAUGGCGUAAACCUACCGAAAUUUCCAAGACUAAUUUUGGGUGAUAUUUUGGUUACUCUUUCCAAUACCAAUAGCAACCAAGUGAGAUUCAUUGCACCUCCCGGAACUGGUGUGAGAACUCUUCGACUAUUUAAUGAUACAAUCGAGAAUACUGAUACCUUACUAUUCAAAUACGCAGCACCAAACAUCACUCAAACCAAUUCAAUAUUGGAAACCGGUGGAAAAGUGUUUAUUAAUGGAACGAACUUUGGUGAUGAUCCAUCGGUUAUCACAGUACAAAUUGGUCCAAGUAUUUGUAAGAAUAUCACUAUGUUACAGCCACACACACAGAUAUCAUGUGAUAUCGGUGCAACACCACCCAUCUCCUAUCUACUCCAAAUGAAUGUCAGUACAGUGCCUGCCAACAAAUUCUAUUUCACAACUCUACCAUUGCCAACCGUUGAAUUCUGCUCAAACAAUACCUGUAGUAAUAGAGGUAGCUGUGUCAACAGUAGUUGUAUAUGCGAAACCGGCUAUAUCGGAAGUAGAUGUGAACAAGAGUCAUCACCGAUCAUCAUUUUACCUGGAGAUGGUGGAGAAAUAACAGUAACUGUUGACAAGAAUACAAAUUUCACUAUUUCAAUUGUCUCUGUUUCCGAAAUGGAUUUAGAUACGGUCGCUGAUGGCUACAAUUUGACUGGAGCAAAAUGGAAUCUUGAAAACGACGUGGCCAAUCGAUGGGACUUCUACUUGACGCUUCCAAACAAUGCAACAAUCAACAGCACAUUCCAAUACUUUAUCAAUGAUACAGAUGUCCAGUUUGGUGAUCAACUUCUACACAUGGCAGAGAAAACUCUGAAACUAUCGAUUAGCAUUGCACUUUGGCCGUUCGCAUCACGAGUAAACACUCUCAGAGUGGUAAUCAAAAGUAAUAUGCUAUCGGAAUCAUUGAAUCCCAAUGGAUGUACUGGUAAGUCAGUUGGAACCGGUAGUAACAACUCGACCACUACCGACUCCACCAAGAAUCAAUAUCAGUGGACAACACUCAGUGGCCAAGACAACGGGAUGAUAGCGAGAAUCGUCAAUCAAGCAAUAGUUGAUGGUCGUUCUAUUGUCGCAAAUAUCCAAGAGCAACUGGCCAACGAUUUCAUCGAGUACAGCAUGAGUGUUCCUUACUUUGAAGAGAGUGUUCUGUUCGAUCCUGACUACUCUGUAUUCCUAAAGGUCAAAGACAAUAGCGAUGAUCAAUGCAAUCAAUCCACCGCAAAAGACGACAACCUCUGGAAGAUCGUCACCGGCUCCGUUAGAUAA